UCUAAAGGGGCGUAUUUUUCAAGCCAUCUUGACUGAAUAUUUAGCCUCAUCCAAGGUACAUUAAUUUGCUAUCUACAGUAUUUGUGCUGUGUUUAAGUUGAUAUUCCGCAGUGCUGGAUAGGCUGACACUGUGCCUAUGAAACCAAGUCGUGUUUAGGUUUCUGUCUGCAGUCUCAGCGGAAAACUGAAGCGCUGAAGAUGACGCUGUCGCCCCUGAAAUUACCGGCGAGCUAAACUAACAGCUAGCAUGUCCGCCUCGCUUGCAGUCAGUCUGUAGCCGACACUAAGCUCGCUGCACACAGGACCAUUUCACAAGGUGUUGGAGUAAUCCCCUAUGCGGAAGGUGAGGAGUUGGGAAUGUGAGACAGUUGUAACGGGCAUCAACAUGGGCAGGGGCCGACGCAGAGGGAGGGGACGGGGCAGGGGUUCAUCUGGCCAGUUGAGGCCCCCAUCACCUUACAGACUACAACUAUCUCCUGCUAGAGAGACUUUGACAUAUGCUCAAGCACAGAAAAUAGUAGAAGUUGACCUAGAUGGAAGGCUUCAUAGGAUUAACAUCACCGAUCCUCUCCCAAUUAUAACAGAGGAUGAGAUGAUGCUUCAGGACAUUUCUGAAUGCAACAGCAACAAAGAGAACAGUGAGCAAACCCAAAGUAAAUCAAAGUCAUGGAGGAAACCUUCAAAUUUUAAAGGCAAAAAGUGUGGGAAAAAUGGAUCUUACCAGAGCCAACGACCUGGUUCCCAGCAACACACAGGACCUACCAAUUCCUUCCAGAACACCGCUUACCCAAGCUCUCUGCCUGAGCCCACUUUCCGGAUAUUGAGUUCAGCAUGUCCUUCGGAUGCACCUCCUCUUCCAUCAGCAUACUAUUGUUACAUAGAGAAGUCAGGGGAGGAGCAAGACCGUGUGGCAGAAUAUGACAUGGAUGAGGAGGAUUUGGCUUGGCUAGAGAUGGUUAACCAGAAGAGAGUGUGUGAUGGCCAUGCUUCUGUGUCUGCGGAUACAUUUGAACUGUUGAUUGACCGAUUAGAAAGGGAGUCCAUCCUGGAAUCUCGCAGCCAAGCUCAGUCCCAGAGUGCCGUAGACGAAGAUGCUUUCUGCUGCGUUUGCUUAGAUGACGAAUGUCUCAACAGUAAUGUCAUCCUCUUCUGUGACAUCUGCAACCUAGCUGUCCACCAGGAGUGUUACGGUGUGCCCUAUGUUCCUGAGGGCCAGUGGCUGUGCCGCUGCUGCCUACAAUCCCCUUCCCGUCCUGUAGACUGUGUGCUCUGCCCCAACCGUGGAGGUGCCUUCAAACAGACAAGUGAUGGACGUUGGGCUCAUGUUGUUUGUGCCAUAUGGAUCCCAGAGGUAUGCUUUGCCAACACUGUGUUCUUGGAGCCCAUUGAGGGGGUUACGAACAUCCCCCCUGCUCGUUGGAAGCUUACCUGCUACCUCUGUAAACAGAAAGGCAGGGGAGCUUCCAUUCAGUGCCACAAAGCCAACUGUUACAGGGCCUUUCACGUCACUUGUGCCCAGAAGGCUGGCCUGUUCAUGAAAAUAGACCCAGUUAGGGAGACUGGCAUCAAUGGUACAACCUUCUCUGUAAAGAAGACCGCCUUCUGUGAGCAUCACUCACCAGUUGGGUCUCGACAGGAUGGGUCUGGAGAUGAAUCGGUUGAAGGAAGACUGGUAGGGGGCAGAGGUAACCGGGGUCAAAGGUCAUAUACUCAGAGCCCUCCUACAUCACCAAACAAGAAGGCUGCUAAGGGCCAGAAAAAACAGACAAGGAAAAGUGGAAGGUCAGCAAUGCCUGUGCUCCUUGUGCCUCAGAUCCCCUCUCACAGGCUGAAUAAAAUCUGCACAGGUGUUGAAGUGCAGAGGAAGAAUCAGUUCAUGCAGCGGCUUCAUAACUACUGGUUAUUGAAGCGACAGUCACGGAAUGGUAUGCCUCUAAUACGCAGACUCCAUUCCCACAUGCAGGCUCACAGGACAGCAGAACAGAAGGAGCCUGAUGAGAAGCUGUGUGCUGCAAGAGAGGAGCUGCGAUAUUGGCAGAAGUUGAGGCAAGAUUUGGAAAGAGCCAGACUUUUGGUGGAACUCAUUCGUAAGAGAGAGAGGUUAAAGAGAGAACAGAUGAAAAUUCAGCAGGCUGCUCUUGAGUUGAAAUUGACCCCUGCGCUGAUACUUCUCCGAUCAACUUUGGAGCAGCUUCAAGAGAAGGACACAGCCAAAAUCUUCUCUCACCCAGUCAAUCUGGCAGAGGUCCCAGAUUACUUGGAGUUUAUUACCCAGCCCAUGGACUUCUCCACUAUGUGUACCAAGCUGGAGGCUCAUGCUUAUUGCUCCAUAAAAGACCUGGAAACAGACUUUGACCUCAUGAUUUCCAAUUGCCUGAAGUACAACUCCAAGGACACCAUGUUUCACAGGGCAGCCUUACAGCUGCAGGAGGUGGGUGGAGCCAUUCUCCGUCAUGCCUACAGGCAGUCUCAGAACAUUGGGCUGGACCCCAGCACUGGCAUGCACCUCCCAGAGACUUCAAACAAACAUGGCUUCUACCACUGUACGUGGGAUGAUGUUGACUCUCUACUGGACCCAGAGAACAGACUGCAUCUAGGCACAGAGGAGCAGCUAAAGGUCUUACUUGAUAAACUGGACAUGGUUUCAUCCAUGCGUUCUAGCGGGGGGCGAACCAAGCGCAUUAGGCUACUGCGUCGAGAGAUUAACUCUCUCAGACAGAAGAUGAACCAACAGCAUAACGGCCUCUCUGUGAAUGGAAAUGACAAGCAGAGCGAGGAAAAUGAUGGUGAUGAUGAUGAGGAGGAGGACAGGGAGAAAGAAAAGAAAGACAAUGAUGGGUUUUUGACCAUUUCUAACUCUGGAACAGAUGACUCUCCCCCUGAGCUAGAACUUACAUGCCCAGUGUCAUCGCCACUGCCAGGAGAUGCUCCACUGGAACCACCUGUCCUGGGCUUAGUAACUGGAGGGCGGCGGUCACCUGGACGCUCCUACAAGCGUCUGAGAUCAUCCCGAAAUGGAAGUAAAAGCCAAGUGGAAGAAGAGGCUGAAGUUGGCGAGACCCCGUCUUCACAACCAGAGGCUGUUCAUGAAGCAACUCCCCUGGGUACACCCCUGGACCUGCCACUGGCUGGUGUUGGCCGUCGCACAUCGGUUCUGUUCAAAAAGGCUAAAAAUGGUGCACGAAUGGCAAAAAAUAAAGUCCCACUGCAACAAAAUGGAACAUUUGAGAGUAAAACCAAUGGCCUGGACAGCACUCCUGCCAGUCCAAAUUCAUCGAGCGCAACCACCAUCUCCACCUUACGUCUGAGCCCCAACAACUCCUCUGCACCUCCCUCUCCUUCCUCGCACCACCUGAGGUCCAGAGGCCACAGUUCAGAGAGUGAAGAAGUUCUUCUGCCAGCCAGUGAAGGAGGCCUGACAAAUGGAAAGCACACUUCUGCAGACCUCGAUUAUGAUGAAAAUCUAAGCUGUAACACUUGCCCUCCAAAACGUAGUCGGGGUAAACCUGCACUUACUAAAGUUCCCAACAGUGACAAUGGAGAUGUCUCUGUAUCUGGAAUAUCUAUGCUUCUGUCUUUAGAUAGCGAGACGGAGCUCAGGCCUCUGGAUCUAGUUUGGGCCAAGUGUAGAGGAUAUCCUUCAUACCCAGCAAUGAUUGUUGACCCAGCCAUGCCCCAGGAAGGGCUUCUUCACAACGGCAUCCCCAUUCCAGUGCCUCCUGUGGAGGUGCUCAAACUGCACGAGUGGAGACGAACAGAAGCAGGCGAAAAUCUCUUUUUAGUGCUUUUCUUUGACACCAAAAGGACUUGGCAGUGGCUCCCACGGGACAAACUGCUUCCACUGGGGAUGGAUGAAACUGUAGACAAACUACGUUUAAUGGAAGGCAAGAAACCCAGCGUUCGCAAGUCAGUCCACACUGCGUAUGACCGGGCUAUGGUGCAUUUAAACCAUGUGAGAGGAAAUGUAAACUUCACACCUUCCACUUUCAUGUGACUUUUAAUUUGGAGAUGCAAUCAUUUUAACAUGUUCUAACAGAAUUAGGAAAGCUAAAUUUAUGGUCUGCAUUUCUAACAGUUGGGAUCUGAAGGCUUUCAAUGUUGUUGUUGUUAUUAUUAUUAUUACUGCUAUUGCUGUCAGUUUAAGGUUUUGGGUUUUUUUUUCCAUGGAAGGAAAAGUGCUUGAAGAUGUUUUUGUAAAUCAAAAUUUGCAUUCAUACAUUUAUGUAAUUUUUUUUUUUUUUUUUUUUUUUUUACAACCAUUGUUGCUCUGUGUUCAUAGCCAUAUUCUUUAUUUUAGGCCAAAGUGAGUUGAGACUUUGGGGAAAAUGUAAAUAUUUUAAUCCUUAAAGGAAGUCUUGAUUCUAAACACUGAUUGUAUUUGUCACUGAAACAUCACUGUGUUCCAUCUAGUGUAAAAGUCCUGCUUUACCAGACGUGUCAUAUCUGGAUGUUAAAGAAGGCUGUAGUUGGUUGCCAUCAACAAAGAAAACUUAAAAAUUGCCUUUUUUUUUAUGUUAAUGCAGUCUUGAGUUGUGCCUUUUUAAAAUGUUUUCCAGACGCAUGCAAAGAACACCAAGCUUGAAAUGGCUUCAAAUC